GUGUCUUUUCUGAAACAGAGCAGCGAGAUCACCGUCGGCUUCUGUCAACACAACGCAGUCGGGGCGUUUUCUCCGCGGCUAAACCGUCAGAAAAAGUGACACAUAGCGACGGACUGAAGUUUCCUUGCCUUUUUCGAGUGUACCGGGUGACCAAAGGGAUCUGCUUCACCGACGACGCACUGAAACCGAUCCGUGGGGACAUUCUGGCGUGUUCUCAAACGCACUUAUAAAUCUCAAGCAGCCUACUUUUAACUUCACCGGACGCGGCGACCGUCUGGUUGGUAUGACUCCAUCGUGUCCGUGAUCUAGGCGCUUUUUUUUGGAAACAUUUGGACACAACUUGGACUCAGGAUUCCUUGUGGCGGAAACUUUUCCGAGAAGGGAGCAAAACAGCGCAGUAGCAGCAGCAGCAGAAGCAGCAGCAACAGGUUGAGCAGUUGAGAGGCGAUAACAACAUGCCGAGCAGCAGCCAAGACCUGCGCCCCAGACUGUGCCUCCUCGACAAGGGGGACAAUGGUUACGGGUUCCAUCUCCACGGCGAGAAGGGCAAAACGGGCCAGUUUAUCCGGUUAGUGGAGCCAGACUCCCCCUCGGAGGUCUCGGGGCUACGGGCCGGCGACAGACUCGUGUUCGUUAACGGCGAGAACGUGGAGAACGAGAGCCACCAGCAAGUCGUCUCGCGGAUACGAGCCACCGCGGGCAAACUGGAGCUCAUCGUGGUCGACGUGGAGACCGAGCAGCUGUUGCGAAAGCACAACCUCCGGUGCCAGAAAGAGUUCGUCACCGAGGGCAUCCCGGUUCCCUCGUCCGACUCGCGCUCGAACGGCGACGCGGAGGAGAAAGUGUCGAGCGCGUCGGAAAACGGCGGCAGCACCCCGCGAGAGUCGACACCGGUGCCUGACAACAACGGCGAGCUCGUGGUCCCGGAGGAGGAAGAGAAGAAGGAGAAGAAGCUGAGCGUAAGCUCCGAGAAGGAUGUGAAGAACGCGCUGCGGCCUCGUCUGUGUGUGAUCGGGAAGGGUCAGAGCGGCUACGGCUUUAACCUGCACAGCGAGAAGACCCGUCCUGGACAGUAUGUCCGCGCAGUGGACCCAGACUCACCUGCGGAGAGAGCAGGCCUGCUGCCCAAAGACCGCAUCAUCGAGGUGAACGGGGUGAAUGUGGAGGGGAGGCAGCACUCCCAGGUGGUGUCUCUGAUCCGCUCUGGAGGAGACGAGGCCACUCUGCUGGUGGUCGACCCCGACGCUGAGAUCUACUUCAAGAGAUGCAGAGUCACUCCUACACUGGAGCACCUCACAGGACCCCUUCCAGAGCCAGUUACCAACGGAGAUAUGGAAGACAAGGCGAAUGGAAAAGUAGCUGAGAAGGCGGAGCCAAAGGUGUCAGUCAGUCCGUCUCCGUCCAAUGCGUCGUCUAACGCCUCCCUCUCCACCCCGCCCACCAGCACUCCCCCUCCAGAGGUGAGUGAGUCGGCCCCCCCAGGUGAGAUCCCUGCUCUGUCGAUGUCGCUGAAGCAGGUGAAGGAGCUGGCGCAUCAGAAGCGCAUGCAGAAGAAGGCGCCCGCCAUGGACUGGAGCAAGAAGAACGAGCUCUUCAGCAACCUCUAGGCCAUCGGCACACACACACACACACACACACACACACACACACACACACACACACACACACACCUAUAUACACAACGAGCUCUUCAGCAACCUCUAGGCCAUCGGCACACACACACACACACACACACACACACACACACACACACACACACACACCUAUAUACACAGAGACACACACACACACACACACACACACACACACACACACACACACACCUACGUAUAUACACAGAGACACACACACAAACACACACUCGGACACACACACACACACACAUCUAUACACACACACACACACACAGAGACACACAUACACACACACACACACACACCUAUACACACACGCACACACAGACAGACACACACAGACACAGACACACACGCACACACACACCUAUACACACACACACACACACACACACUUACAUUCCUGCUAGGAAGGAUUUGAGGUGAUUAAAUCUUGAAAAGGGUGAAUCUAAGCAUAUAAAGUAUAUAUAUAUAUAUGUAUACAGAUCAAUAUUGUAUUCAGAAAAGUUUUAAUUUUACUAACAAAAUUUAGAUGCGUCAGUACAGAAAAAAAAAACAAUUAUUUUAGAGACGAUGUUUGUCUUGUAGUGUGAGUGGAAGAAUGUUGAAAAUGUCCUUUCUGUCGUGACCCAGUUGGAGCGAAAUGUGGAUGAACUUUGUGUUUGGAUGCUUCUGAUUUAAAACUGAGCGUGUGUGUGUGUGUGUGUGUGUGUGUGUGUGUGUGUGUGUGUGUGUGUGUGUGUGUGUGUGUGUGUGUGUGUGUGUGUGUGUGUGUGUGUGUGUGUGUGUGUGUGUGUGUGUGUGUGUGUGUGUGUGUGUGUGUGUGUGUGUGUUUAUUUGUUUCCACAUGGGAUGCAUCAGUGUGUGUGUGUGUGUGUCCCUGCUGGUCAGAGAGCUCAGUGCCUGGAGACUAGAGAUGGUGAAGUGUGUGUGUGUGUGUGUGUGUGUGUGUGUGUUGCACACCCCCUUCAUUUGUAAUUUAUUUCCACUGAGUGUAGUUCGGACGGGGAAUUAAUGGCAGUUAACAUUUCACUUUUAAGGGACCAAAACAAUCAGAUAAAUAUGUUUAUAAGGGCACAAUCAGUCUUACCUGUGUGUGUGUCUGUGUGUGUGUCUGUGUGUGUGUCUGUGUGUGUGUGUGUGUGUGUGUGUGUGUGUGUGUGUGUGUGUGUGUGUGUGUGUGUUCCUUCAGUAGGUGUUUGUUCUUGGUUGGCAAUCUGAGCUGUCUAACCUGCUGGGAAAAAAAAAAUAAUGCCAAAACAGAAGCUCUGAAUAGCACACACACACACACACGGUGGUGUUUUCCGGAGUAUUCCGUUCCGUCACGUAGAAUCUGGGAUGUAGAGGCCAGCCGAGAUCUCCGCUAGUAUCAAUGCAAUCGUCAUGGUAACCACUAAAGUAGUUCAUUUUCUCGGAUGAGUUCCGUUGUUUUAUGUCCCAUCAGAGAAGGCCUGAGUGAGAGCUAACACACACACACACACACACACACACAUCGCCGUCGAGUGAGCCGCCAGGGUUAGUUCUGUGCCCACUCCCACCAGAGCCGAAAUAAUACUCAACUGACAAGCACGUGACACACACGUGAUCCUCCUGAGCCAUCGCUGACACACACACUUGCUCCCCCUGAGCCAUCGCUGACGCCAGUAGAACUGAAUGAUGAUGUAGCAGGUGGUGCCGACAGGGUGUGUUGAGAACAACGCAGUCUUAGUGACGGAACCUGGGCAGUGGGCAGGGGUGUGGACGACACUCAUGGCGGCGGUGAUGUAUCGGCUCUUAAGCAGCUCUGCGUUUUAUUCGGAUGAAGUGUGGAAAUGAAGGAUGCCGGUCGGGGUGGUUUUAAGAGAGACAAUUCCAUUGAUCUGUCAGAGAGAGGAGAAUGUCGUCUUCGACAUCACUGCGUUUUCUAUUGUCGUUGUUCAAGUUCAAGGGUAACCUAGGCAACAGGGCGGCAGACAUUCCAUUUAGAAUGUAAGGGACAGCAGUCCUUUGUGAUGUCACAGAUGACAGAAGUGCUGUGUUCCAGACAGAAUUCCUCCCUUCCAAGCUCUCUCACAGACCCCAGACCUGCCCGAUGGGUCGCUGUGUGUUGUAGCUUGUGUGUGUGUCUGUAGGUGUGCAGGUGUGUUGAGAGCAGAGCGCGCUGUAGGUGUGCAGGUGUGUUGAGAGCAGAGCGCGCUGUAGCUUGUGUGUGUGGCUGUAGGUAUGCAGGUGUGUUGAGAGCAGAGCGCGCUGUAGGAAGGUAGGGCCGUGUGCAGAAGAGGACUCUGGACCCACAGGGCCUCAUUUGGGGGAUGAAGUCUCCAGCUCAGUGCUACUGUAGGGCUCAGAUCAGGGCGGCCUUCACUUCACAAGACUGAGGCAAAGUUUUGAUACAUUGGGAUAUUGUUCUGGUUGUGUGUGUGUGUGUGUGUUGAUUUUUGUAGGAAAUGAAGUGAAUUGUUUGUGUGCGUGUGUUGAAUUAACUGAAAACUGGAACUGGACCAGACUGAAGCCACUGUGAGAGGGUGGUGUGUGUGUGUGUGUGUGUGUGUGUGUGUGUGUGUGUGUGUGUGUGUGUGUGUGUGUGUGUGUGUGUGUGUGUGAGUGUAUGAGAGAGAGAGAGAGAGAGGGCAAGAGCUACAGGCAUCGGACAGGGACUCCUUCAUCUGCCGUGUGUGUGUGCGUGCGCGAGUGUGUUUGUGUAUGUGUAUGUAUGUGUGUGUGUGUGUGUGUAACUGUGCUUAAUUUCUUUUGGUUUCACACACACCAUGUGUAUUGGGAAAGCUAUCAAUCCAGCUGUAGCCUUGCGUCACAUGACCAUGAUGAUGAUGAUAAUGAUGAUGAAGAUGACGAGGGGUUCGUAAUUUACCUGUGAGUUCUUAUGAAGCACACCUGUCUGUCUUUGUGUUGAUUUUUUCUACCUGGGACCCGUCGCCACAGUGAUGCUUUGACCCCUACCACUCCAUGACCUUUCCCCUUUGACCCCCAGCCCUGCGUUGCGUUCUCAUUGGCUCAUAUGGAUGCUUGUGUAUGUGUGAUUCUUACAGUAAUAAACGUCUCAGAUCAUCACAA